CGCAAUCACGCUGAUCUUGUGCAACAAUCUCGAGGAAAAGUUCAUUAUUUUAUGUUUCGGGUUAAUUUACCGGAAAAAUAUAUGCAAUCAAGUGAACAAAGUGUGAAAUAAGCUAGAGGAGAUGGCAUUCAUCAUCCGUUUUGCCAAGGGCGUGAGGAAUCACUGGAAAAAGUCGACCGUCUUGGCUGGCGCCGUGGCUUACGGAGUUUCAUACUCGCACGAGAAAUAUGAAAUCAAACAACUUAUGCGUCACUACUGCACCGAAGCAUCCAAGUACGGUGAUGUUCUGAUCGGCACCAACGAACGACUUCAGAAGGUACUGGUCAUUGUGAACCCAGCUGCCAAUCGGAAAUCUUGCGAGGAAGACUUCCACGACUAUUGUGAACCCAUCCUGCACCUGGCGGGCUUCGAAGUCGACGUCGUGAAAACCGAUUCCGAGGGCCACGCUCGUCGCUAUCUGGAGGAACUGGCCACCCUGCCGGAUGCGAUCGUCGUUGCCGGUGGCGAUGGAACCGUGUCGGAGGUGGUCUCCGGUCUGAAACGCCGAACAGAUGGUGCCGAGUGUCCGAUUGGGGUCCUACCGGUGGGACGCACGAACGGUUUGGCUACGGCGCUGUUCCGAACUAGCGACCAGACUACAACGCUUGAGAAUGUCCGGGCAAUGGCAAAUGCGGCCUACGCCGUCGUGGCUGGGAAGAAGGAAAAGAUGGAUCUGAUGAAGAUUGAAGUGCUGCCCAAUGAGAUCGACGAGACGGUACCGGAGAAGCCGGUUUACGCUUUAGGAAGUCUUCAGUGGGGAGCGUUUCGGGAUAUUCUCGCCCUGAGGGAUAAGUACUGGUACACGGGCUCGUUGAGGGAUUACACGGCUUUCCUGUUCAAUGCAUUCGAUGGAAAGCACACGUGGAAUUGUAAGGCCAAGGUGACCUACACGGAACCCUGCCAGGGAUGUAGCAAGUGUUACAAAGAUAGUCAGCAGGAGCAGCAGCCAAAGAAUGAGCCAGCCAGAAGGUGGUGGUCGGUGUUUUUGCCCAGAGCGAAGACCACGCCAGGCGUCGAUUAUUCCAAGGUGGUGAACGAAAGCUGCUCCGUUCCACAUGAGCUGGAAGUGGAUCCUGCAGAAUUGGUCUUGCAUACGACAAACUCGCAGAUGGGAUCAAAGGAAGGUACAGAUUCUAAGCUAUGUGUAAAAAUUGGAAAUCCCGUGGAUUCGACGUUUAGCUUUCUGGGAGACAGCUGGUCCAGGAUAUGGAACCGACGGUAUACCGAAUGUCCCACGGAGAAGAGCAUAGAAGCUAGGACUGUGUAUUUGAUUCCGGAAAAGUUGAAAGUCGAUGACAGUGACAGUGAGGCGUACUAUUCCAUUGACAACGAGGCGUACGAAGUAAGGCCGGUUCGAGUGACGCUAGUGCCGAGGUCGGUGGAAGUGUUCACGUUUUAGGAAAUUACGUUGAUGUUAAUAAAGGCUUACAAUGUAA